CUAUUUAAUUUGAUAGCCUGUCUAUCGAGAGUUUGACAGCUGCAGUUAAGUUUUUAAUAAGCUCUUUUCGUUCGUUUUAGUUACUUGUCGAUUUCUUAAAAUGUCUAACAAAGCACUAAAUAUUGGCGACCAGUUUCCCAAUUUCGAAGCUCAGACGAAUGUGGGCAGAAUCGAUUUCUAUGACUGGAUGGCCGAUAGCUGGGCCAUACUCUUCUCGCACCCGGCGGAUUUUACGCCCGUUUGCACCACGGAGCUGGCCCGCGUGGCUCAGCUAAUGCCGGAGUUUCUGAAGCGCGGCGUUAAGCCAAUUGCACUGUCAUGUGACACAGCAGAAUCGCAUAAUGCCUGGAUUGAGGACAUUAAGAGUUAUGCCAAGUUGUCCAGCUUUAAUUAUCCCAUUAUCGCGGAUAAUAAGCGUGAAUUAGCCGUAAAGCUGAAUAUGCUGGACAAGGAUGAGCUCAGUGCAGAGGGCAUACCGCUCACCUGCCGCGCAGUCUUCGUCAUUGACAACAAGAAGAAGCUCCGUCUCUCUAUUCUGUAUCCAGCUACAACGGGUCGCAAUUUCGAUGAAAUUCUGCGCGUUGUCGAUUCGCUGCAGUUGACUCAGACAAAGAGCGUGGCCACGCCCGCCGAUUGGAAGCAGGGCGGCCAGUGCAUGGUGCUGCCCUCUGUGCAGGCUGUGGAUGUCCCCAAGCUGUUCCCCAAGGGCAUUGAGACCAUCGAAGUGCCGUCCGGCAAGAGCUAUUUGCGUAUUACGGCCCAGCCACAGAUCUAACGUCUCAUUCCCCACAAAGAACAGUUAUGAAUUGUGAUAAUCAGCAUUUUACAUGAUUUUAUUACAAAAAUUAUAAUUAACAACAAAUAAAAUUGUUUGCUUGAA